CAUGACUGCUGCUGUUGAAAGAGGCUGGAACACCUUCAUCUUCGGGUCUGAACAUCGACAACUUGCCGAUGACUGGUCAUCAAUUGCAAUGAUAAAUCCCCUCUUUAUUAAAGAAGGAGAGGUUUUAGAUAGUGGAAGCAAUAGGGUUGCCACGAUUUUUCAGGUUUCAACUCCUGAAGAGCUACAGCAACUUCAACCAGAAAAUGCUCGGGCUGAGAAUAUUGUUAUUGAUUUACUGGAUUGGCAGAUAAUACCUGCAGAGAAUAUUGUUGCAGCAUUCCAAGGCAGUCAAAAAACAGUGUUCGCGAUCUCAAAUACACCUUCUGAAGCACAAAUCUUCCUAGAGGCUCUAGAGCUAGGUUUGGGUGGAGUUGUUCUAAAAGUUGAGGAAGCUGAAGCUGUCAUUGAGCUGAAGGAGUAUUUUGACAGAAGGAAUGAAUCAAGCAAUGUGUUGAACUUGACAAAAGGAACCGUAACUAAAAUUCAAGUAGCUGGAAUGGGUGAUCGUGUUUGUGUGGAUCUCUGCAGCCUCAUGAAACCUGGUGAAGGACUUCUGGUUGGUUCUUUUGCUAGAGGACUAUUCCUUGUUCACUCGGAAUGCUUGGAGUCCAAUUAUAUUGCUAGCAGGCCUUUUCGUGUCAAUGCAGGACCGGUGCAUGCAUACAUCUCUGUUCCAGGUGGAAAGACUUGCUACCUUUCAGAGUUAAAAGCAGGCAAAGAAGUAAUGAUAGCUGACCAAAAAGGUCAUCUACGAACAGCUAUUGUUGGCCGCGUGAAGAUUGAGACUAGACCUCUUAUCCUUGUAGAGGCAAAGAUUGAUUUUGAUGAUCAAAUGCAUUACAGCAUCUUCCUACAGAAUGCAGAGACAGUUGCCUUAGUACCUCCAUGCCAAGGAAAUGGAAUGCAAAAAGUAGCAGUUCCCGUGACUUCACUAAAGGUUGGAGAUGAAGUUUUACUGCGAAUACAAGGCGCAGCCCGCCACACAGGAAUAGAAAUUCAAGAAUUCAUUGUUGAGAAUUGAUCAAGAAUGAGGAUUUAUACUGUAUGUUGAAAUUGUUGGUGAUCAUCUGUGAUCAUCUGUGCUGCAAUGGGAACGAUGAUCGCCAUCCGCCAGAAAUGCUUCCAUGAAUGUCACAUUCUUGUUAUAUUUUUAUGUAGGAGUAAAAUAAAUUUAUAUAUAAAAUAAUAAAAUAUUACUUUUUAAACAUUUUGACUUGUUAUUAUCCUUCUCUCCCAUA